UUCUUCCGCCCUUAAAUCGUCUCUCCGCCACGGGCGACCUUCGCCGGUUGAUCCGCCCGCCGCCUACCCCCCUUCCUCAUCCCCUGUCCUUUGUCCGAUCGUUGGCGGGAGCGUCUGUCUCAUCGCCGCCUCUGAUCGGGUGGUCCAGGAGGUGGAGGCGACGGUGAAAUUGGUGCAACGAGGAUAAGUAGAAGAUGGAUAAGUCCACAUCUCAGCUGCUAACGCUGGGUUAUGCUGCCCUCCUCGGAGCUGGCGGUGUAAUGGGAUUUGUGAAGAGCGGCAGCCAGAAGUCAUUAGUUGCCGGAGGGGUAUCGGCUGCGUUAUUAUGUCACGUGUACACCCAGCUUCCAGAACGACCUUUAUACGCAUCAUCCCUGGGGUUAGGUACGUCUGUGACUCUUCUAGCUGCAAUGGGGUCUCGCUACAAGAAGUCUGGAAAGGUAUUCCCUGCAGGUGUCGUUUCUCUCCUGUCCUUGAUAAUGGCCGGUGGCUAUCUUCAUGGAAUUCUGCGUAGCAGUAAAACAUUGUAAGUUGGAAUAGUCUUCUUCGUGUUCUUCAUGGACAUGCAGUAAUUUCAUCUUCAUGGAAUUCUGCGUAGCAGUGAAACAUUGUAAGUUUGAAUAGGCUUCUUCAUGUUCUUCGUGGACUUGCAGUAACUUUUUCUUUUAUGCA